AUGAGCCAGCGUGAAUAUGCCGAGGAAACCGUCUUCUGGACGCUGAAGUCAGCGACCCAGUUCUCCGCCCGCCGCCGCACCACCACGCUCUUCCUGGCCAACGCCACCGGCGACACGCCAGACUCGUACACAUGGAUCGACAACACGCCGGGCGUGUGGGACGAGCUCAAGGAGAUGCUCGAGGCGCAGGACCCGGCCACCAUCGCGCUCAACAUCGAGCAGGACAUUGCCUUCAGCAGCGGGAUGCACGCCGGCGAGUUCCAGGCGCUGUACGCCGGCGUGGGGCCCAAGUGGGCACGGCGCUUCAUCACCCAGCCCAUGCUCGCCGUCGAGUACAUCGCCACGCAGCCCGCGGCGCGCAUGUCGUGGUAUCCCCGGCUGAUGGAGACGGCGUGGGCGAUGAUUGACGAGGCGUUCAGCGAGCGGGUGAUCACCCCGGGUAAAACGACCGUCUCGGACGUCGAGUGGUGGCUGCGGGAGCGCAUCCAGGAGUAUAACUACACAACUUGGUUCCAGCCAGAUGUGACAAUCAUAGAUGAGUACUUUGAGAUUCCUGGUAGCAACCCGGGGUUUCCAAAUGGUCCGAGGGAGGUGAUUGAGUAUGGUGACAUGUUGCAUGUGGACUUUGGGGUGACUGCUCUGGGUCUGAAUACAGAUACGCAGCACCUGGGAUAUGUGCUUCGUCCAGGCGAGACGGAGGAUGACAUUCCCCAGGGACUCAAGGACGGCCUGAAGAAGGGAAAUAGAAUGCAGGAUAUCGUCAAAUCAAAUAUGAAGGUUGGGUCAACAGGAAAUGACAUCCUGGCGGCAUGUCUGGCACAAAUGAGCGAGGAGAGAAUCGACGGCCUGGUGUAUUCCCAUCCCAUUGGCGAUUGGGGGCAUUCGGCGGGCACUCUAGUCGGUAUGACGAAUCUGCAAGACGGCGUACCCAAGCUUGGAGAUCUGCCACUACUGCCCAAGACCUACUACAGUGUGGAAUUGCUGGCGAAGCAUUUUGUCCCCGAGAAGAACGCCACGUAUGUGUUCCCUCUCGAAGAAGACAUUCGCUGGGUGGACGAAGAAAAGGGAUGGGACUGGGUUUAUGGCAGACAAGAGCGUUUCCACCUGGUCCACACACCAAGCAAAGAUGUCCUCAGGACCCAAGGAGAUCUCUGA